AUGGACAGGGUUAGGGGCAGAAUGAGCAGGGGAAAAGAGAAAGGAGGUUGGGUGGGACAGGGGCAAGGGAAGCUGCCCCAUCUCAAGGCAGCAAUCGAGCAGUUUUACGGCACAAACCCCGCUCUCUGCCCGGACCUUGCACGCAUCAUCAACACCUCCCACGUGCACCGCCUGCAGAAGCUUCUCCAGCACCCUGCCACCGCCUCCUGUGUCGUGCACGGGGGGCAGAGCGACGUUGAGUCAAGGUACUUCGCCCCAACACUGCUACUCAACGUGCCCUGGGAUGCCCCCAUCAUGCAGUCCGAGGUUUUUGGACCCAUCCUAGCCAUCCAAACUGUGUCGGGAAUCGACGAGGCGAUUGACAUCAUCAACGCGCGCCCCAAGCCGCUCGUGGUGAUAGUCUUCUCGUCCCGGGAGGACACGCGGCAGCGCUUCGUCAAGGAGACCAGCUCAGGCGCUGUCGUGGCCAACGAGCUCAUCCUGCAGGCGGGCAACAUGGAGUUGCCGUUUGGAGGAGUGGGGGACAGCGGCAUGGGGCGGUACAAGGGGAGGUGGUCCAUCGACUGCUUCAGCCACUGCAAGGCCGCCUACACCAAACCUCUCUCAGGGGACCUGGCAGCCCGCUUCCCUCCCAGCACGCGGCGAGGGGAGAUGAUUGUGAAGGCGGUGAUCAAAGGCGCGUACUGGGCGCUGCUGCUGCUGCUUCUGGGGCUCAAGAAGCAUUAA